UAGAGCACAGCGGAGUCGCCGCUGGCCGAGAGCGCAAGGACAGCGCCUUUAGGUCACCAAAGAGCCACGGGACUUGCUUCAUUUCUUUGGAAAUAAUUAUUUAUAACAGAGUGCUUGUAUCAGCUUUAUCAAUAACGCUCGGCAGCGAGGUGGAGUUUACAAAUAAAGAGAAAUAUUGAAUUGGCUUGAUCUUUUUCUUUCUGUCAUUUGGAACCGCAAAGGAUAUUUGGGGAAGAGCGCUGCGCACCUUCAGUAUAAGUGCCUUUGGAGCUGCCAUUCAAAAUGACAGACGUCGUUUCGGCAAUGGAUACAGAGCCAAAUUCCCCGGUGAGUGUCCUCAAACCAGAGUCAGAUCAGAGCCUCGGUUCUCCUAAGAGUCCACCACUGGACCUGAUUGACACAGGAAAAGGACUGAAAGUACAAACCACGACCCCUCACCUAGUCAGCCUGGGCAGCGGAAGACUCAGUGUAGCCAUAACUCUACUUACCUCUAAAGGAGGGUAUGUGAUUUUUUCUCUCUGUUUGAGCUUUUUUUCUCUUUGUUUGAGUCUGUCUAUCUCCCGAUCUUCCUCCCUCACACACAAACCCAAAUAACCAUGAACAAUAGCCUGCAAAGAAUAGAUCUCUAAAUAAGACCAUCUAUCUGUUUGUGCCUUCAUGAAACACUGGAUGCAUGUGGCUUUUAUUGUUAGUGCACUUGGGUUAUCAUAGAGGAAGAGGGUGGAUGGAUGGGGAUUUUCUGUUGUAAAGCCAGAACCCAGUGAAUCUUAUUUAAUCUUUACCUU